CAUGAAUCUACGAUACAAACGAAGCCUUCAAAGAAGCCUAAAUUAACAACCCCGGAUUUUACAGCAUCUGGAAAAGAUGCCAAGAAGAAGAUCUUAUGUUUGCUGCACGAUGAUUCAUGGAAACAUGUCCUUGGUGUCGACAUGACAUGUUAACUUAGAGUCUUGGCACGCAGUGAACCGAGCGAAGGACCAGGCUAAUGUCAUCGGUUCCAUACAAAGCGGUGAAAUGGUAGGGCAGGCACCAAGUCUGUUGGUUGGAUGAUGAACUGAGGUUGGUAUGUUAUAGCAUGGAGUGCUUAUUAUCCAUAUCAGCCAAAAACAUAUAUAAGCAGCAAUUUCAUCCUAAUCUCUACCUAUCUCACCUCUUGCCAAUAAGUUUUGAGCUUGCACUCUUGCCUUUGACCCUUACCAGGACUGAAGUCGCAUCUCGAAUCCAUCAUGAAGGCCUCACUACUCCUAUCUCUCCUCCCCGUCGCCCAAGCCGCCGUCAUUGACACCCGUCAGUCCAAGACCGGCGAUGGCAAGCAAGGUGACACCGAUGCCACCCAAGGAGAUCUCAGCCAAAGGCCACCACCACGCUUCCCCUUCCCCAUUACCAAGUUCCCCGUCGCCAAGGAGACAGUCGUCCUAAAGAAUGCCAAGUACAUCAUGCCUGGCGAGGUCUUCGAUGGCAAGAUGAAGCGCUAUGAACGACCUGAGGGGAGCUGUAAUGAACAAGCUGAGGGCACUGAUGCUGAUGCUGUGUUCAACUUAUUGCCUGGUUCGACUAUUCGAAAUGUCAUCAUUGGAAAGAACCAGGCUGAGGGUAUCCAUGCUUUGGGUGAUGCCUGGGUUGAGAAUGUUUGGUGGGAGGACGUUUGUGAAGAUGCUCUCACGUCCAAGGGCCUGAACACCCAGUUGAGGGUCAUUGGCGGUGGAGCCCGAAGCGCAACAGAUAAGAUCUUCCAAGACAACUCGCUUGGUGGCAAGUACAACAUCACCGGCUUCUACGCUGAGGGUUUCGGAACCUUCUACCAGUCUUGCGGCAACUGCCUCAACCAAGCCAAGCGCAACGCCACGAUUCAGAACGUCAUUGCCGUUGACGGUCUCAGAAUGGGCAUCAUCAACCCCAACUACGGUGAUGAGUUCCGUCUCAAGAAUGCUCAAAUCGACAACGUCACCAGCAUUGUUGACAAGGAAAUCGGCAACAACGUGCAGACUGUUCCAUACUAUGUCGGAAACGGACCCGAUGAGAAGUAUGCUUUGUAUAACGAGACAAGGGAUAACAUUACAAAGUUCAAGGGCAAGGUUACGAAUGCGUAUGAGCCCGAGGAUCCUUAUGAGUGGCUUGAAGAGUUCUGGCCCGAGGGCUUCAACUAAUCCAGUCAAUGAUGCAUAGGAUACCCGCGAGGACGGAAGGCGAGAAGAGCCAACCUAAUGUUAAUGAAAUAGGUGUCGGUAGAACUUGUGCUCUUGCCUACCAUUUGGAACAAGAUCUGUUUGGUGAGAUUCACAAUAGCAAAAUACGAGAUAAAUAUCAUUACAUGCCACAACUUGGGGCCACUUUUAUAUUCUUACUUCCUCCGGCUUAUUAGUUCUUCUUAAAUUAGCAGAAAGCGUUCUUUUCCCAGAAUUUAGGCGCAAAGAGAUCCUCUAUUAAGCAAGUUCUAGACUCUUUCUAUAUCAAUGCAGGAUGCUCAAACUUUAUACUUAAAACAUUAACCCUCGACUAAGAAUUUAUGAGGGCGGUAGCAAGCUAAGGAGAAUUAAACAACUGAUAGAAGGCACAAGCGAAAUUGUCACCAGGUCGUGUACAGGUCUUGAGGAAAGGGCUACAGGCCCUCAAGAGCCUUCGGAGGAUUCAAGAAUGUCAAAUAAGAGCACAUAUUGAACAAGUGACUAUUUGAAAGGUUUAUUAAGUACGUUGACGGCUCUAGAUCUAGGCUACUAUCUCGGGGC